AUGCGCUCGAUGAACCUAACUGGCUAUUUGGAAGGUCGUAAUUUCCAUUGUCUUGAAUGUUCAAAAUACCGCUUGUCUUUUGACGGCCCCCCAGCAUUGCGACAAAGUAGACACGCCCCAGUUCAUGUCAGCAAGUUUCGUGACAAAUUACUGAUUUGCCUCGCGAUUUCGUCUUUUUUUUCCUCAUUUUGGCUACCGCCUUCGAAGGCCAAACGGACUCUCGGCUGUCAGUACGCAGUGCUUCUUCAUGCUCUUUGCCACCUUCCUACACUGGUCAUGACAACUGCAAAUGGUACAUGCUCAAAUAUCGAUCUAUGA